AAAAAUAAUCGUAAUCUCAUGAAUUUAUUACAAAAUAAAAUUACUAUUACACUAUACUUUAUUUCAAAGAAUGAAAUAUUGACAAAAUAGGGAGUUAGUCAAUAAAUAAUCCAUUUACUUUCUCACUCCAAAUUAAACACCAGUAAAGCACCAAACACCACCUCUCUCUCUGUGCGUACACACACACACACACACACACAGAGACAAUAACACCUACAUGGAUACAUACAUAUAUAUCACACCUCUGUAUCUCUCAUGUGUUGCAGCAGGAAGCAGCUAUGUGUUGCUGACCUAACAUUCUCUCCACAACCCCACUCUUUACCACCUUUCUCUGUGUGUUUGUGUGUGUUUUUCUUUUUUUGCUAAACAUUCGAAAAAACCCCAUUAAGUUUUUUUUUUCUGCAGAAACACCCUUCUCUAGCAUUCUUUGAUGAUUAUUACUACAAGUUUUUCUUGAUCUUGAAGGGUAUAAAUAAUCAAAAAAAUAAAAUUAAAAAGGAUGAAAAUAGCAAAUUUCGACCUGUUUUUGUCAUUUAGCCGGCAGAAAUCAACCCGUGCGCUGAUUGUGUUGGGUGUUCUGUACGUAAUCUUCGUCACAUUCGAAGCUCCAUUCCUUCUUAAAAAUGGCCUGAGCUCUCUCUCUCAAGAAGGCAGUUUGUUCACCUCCACCGGAAACGGAUUUUCCAACUCCAAUUACUUCGUUUUCGAACAUUCCGGCGACGACGGAGACUCCCCCCUCCGCCGCCCCUUCGCCGCCGACGCCGCCGAUCACCAGUCGAACCCUUUGAGGCAAAACAUCAAACACCUGGUGAUCAAGUCGCGCCUCUCGGGUCUGAACCUCACCGCCGGCAUCGCCAACGCGGUUUCCUCACCGGAGGAGGAGAACGGGAUUAUUCAGUCGGCGAAGGAGGCGCUCGUGCUCGGGAAAAAGCAGUGGCGGGAGCUCGAAAUGAUUGGGCGGAGCAACAACAGAACCACCAGCAGCAGCAUAGUAAUUAACGUUAAUGGCGGCGGCGGUAAUUAUACUAAUAACUACAACAAGAGCAUCAUUAUUAAUAAUAAAAAUGAGCAUUGCCCGCAUUCGAUAUCGAUAACCGGCGAUGAAUUCUCCGGGCACGGCAAAGUAAUGGUGCUGCCGUGCGGGCUGACGCUAGGGUCCCACGUGACGGUGGUGGGGAAGGCGAGGGGGGCCCACGUGGAGACGGACCCGAAGAUAUCGGACGAGGAGUAUUUGAUGGUUUCGCAGUUUAUGGUGGAGCUGCAGGGGCUGAAGGCGGUGGAGGGGGAGGAUCCACCUAGGAUCUUGCACAUUAAUCCUAGGUUGAAAGGAGAUUGGAGUGGCAAACCUGUAAUUGAACACAACUCUUGUUAUCGGAUGCAAUGGGGGACUGCUUAUCGUUGCGAUGGUCGCAAAUCUCCGCCCGACGACGAGACCGUGGAUGGAUUCGUAAAAUGUGAGAAGUGGAUUAGAGACGAUGAUAACGCAUCCGAGGAAUCAAAUGCCACUUGGUGGCUAAAUCGAUUAAUCGGAAGAACCAAGAAAACAGCCACUUUCAAUUGGCCGUUUCCUUUUGCAGAAGAAAAACUAUUCGUGCUGACACUAAACGCUGGUCUCGAGGGUUACCACAUGAACGUCGAUGGAAGGCACAUUGCCUCAUUUCCAUAUCGAACCGGAUUUACGCUCGAGGACGCUACUGGAUUUGCUGUGAACGGGGACAUAGACGUAAUUUCCAUAUUUGCUGGUUCGUUGCCCACGUCGAACCCUAGUUUAGGUCUUCAGACGCAUCUCGAUUUAUCCGAUAGAUGGCGGGCCCCUCUUAUACCAGACGGGCCCGUCGAGCUUUUCAUUGGCAUUCUUUCGGCGGGAAACCACUUCGCCGAAAGGAUGGCCGUCAGGAAAUCUUGGAUGCAGCACGAGCUAAUCAAAUCUUCUAAAGUCGUCGUUCGUUUUUUUGUUGCUCUGCAUGGGAGAAAGGAAGUAAAUGUGGAAGUGAAGAAAGAAGCCGAGUUUUUCGGAGAUAUUGUCGUAGUUCCGUAUAUGGACAAUUACGACCUUGUCGUUUUGAAAACUGUUGCCAUCUGUGAAUACGGGGUUCGAAGUGUAUCGGCUAAUUAUGUAAUGAAAGGCGACGACGACACAUUCGUCAGAGUAGAUGCAAUUGUUAAAGAAGCAAAGAAAGUGAACAAGAACAAGAGCUUGUAUAUUGGAAAUAUAAACUACCAUCAUAAGCCCCUACGCUCCGGUAAAUGGGCCGUUACAUACGAGGAAUGGCCCGAAGAAGAUUAUCCACCCUAUGCAAACGGGCCGGGCUACAUAAUCUCAUCCGACAUCGCGAAAUUCAUCAUCUCCGACUUUGAGAAACGCAAGUUAAGGUUGUUCAAAAUGGAAGACGUAAGCAUGGGAAUGUGGGUGGAGAAAGUGAAUAAAACGAGGCCCGUAGAAUACAUACACAGCUUGAAAUUCUGCCAAUUCGGAUGCAUCGAAGAUUAUAUCACCGCUCACUAUCAAUCGCCGAGGCAAAUGCUCUGCCUUUGGAAUAAACUGAGACAGCAAGGGAGGCCUUUAUGUUGCAAUAUGAGGUGAAAUUAUCGAACAACAUUUUUGCACCGAUUUAGUAUGAAAAAAAUCGAUUGCUGUAAAUCCUUAGACGGUGUUCUUCUUUUUUCGAGUUCCGUACUCGGGCUGAGAAAAGAAUGUGCAGUUAUUGGUAUCUAGAGAAUAAUGGAAGAAUCUUUGACAGGUUAUGGUAAGAAUUAAGAAAUAUGAGAUGUAAUAAUAACAUAGUUUUUUCUUCUAUGUUACAUUGUUGAAUCUUUGUAGUAGAAGUGGUUUAUCUUUGUUGUUUCUUAACUUAGGGUUCUAUUGAAGUGGUUUUG